UCUAUAAUUAGAAGCAGUGACGUCACAGUGGGCGCCGUCGUUGCGGAAGCCUCUCAAGCACAUGGACCGGACCCCGCGGCACCAGAGUUGACCGAGGAGGGAGUCUCCCCCUCAUCAUGACGAGUCUUCCACUCCGCCUCCUCCUCCUCCACCUCGCCCUGCCCGGGCCGGGGCUCGCCCUGCUCGGUUUCCGUCCGGAAGAGACCGGCCCGGAGCUGUCCGUGCAGGACGGGGUACUGAAAGCCACCGAGGGGACGCGCUUCACGCUGCGGGUAUACUUCGCCACCCCCCCGCUGCGCAGGCUCAACAGGACGCGGGCGACCAGCGCGGCCCCGUGGAUCGCCUUCAUCGAGGAGCCCGGAACCGAGGCGCUCCCGCCCCCGCUCCCGCGCCACCGAGCCCGUCCGCGGAACCUGUGCGCCGACAGGAGCGCGCGCACGUCCGACAUCGAAGUGCUGGGCUCGUUCAAGUCGGCCUCCAGCCGCAACUCGGUCCUCGUUGAGCUCCUGGCCAAGGAGCUGCGGCGCGGGGAGAGCAUCAAGUUCUACUCGAUGUGCGCCUUCGAUGGGUCCAAGUGGGAGCACUACCGCACUCGGGACUUCUGGGUGGCGGUUGCCGAGCGUGCGGGGGAGGCGCCCGAGCUGUGGAUCCAGAUCCUGGUGUCGGUGCUUCUGCUGGCGUUGUCGGCGCUCUUCAGCGGCCUCAACCUGAGCCUCCUUGCCCUGGACCCCGUGGAGCUGCAAGUUCUGCAGAACAGCGGCACUGACCGGGAGCAGCGCUACGCCCGCAAGAUCGAGUCAGUGCGCCGCCACGGCAACUACGUGCUGUGCACGCUGCUGCUGGGCACGGCGCUGAUCAACGCCUCGCUGGCCGUGUGGACGUGCCGCAUCCUGGGCAUGACGUGGCUGUCGACGGCCGCCUGCGCGCUGGGCAUCUUCCUGGUGGGCGAGAUCCUGCCGCACUCGGCGGCCUCGCGCCACGGCCUGGCCAUGGCGGCGCGCAGCAUCUGGCUGACGCGCCUGCUCAUGCUGCUCUCCUUCCCCGUGUCCUACCCGCUCAGCAAGCUGCUGGAUCUCAUCCUGCACCAGGAGAUCUCCAACUUCUACACCAGGGAGAAGCUGCUGGAGAUGCUGCGCGUCACCGACCCCUACCACGACCUGCUCAAGGAGGAGCUGAACAUCAUCCAGGGGGCGCUGGAGCUUCGCAGCAAGACGGUGGAGGACGUGCUGACGCCGCUGGGCGACUGCUUCAUGCUGGCGGCCGAGGCCCUGCUGGACUUCAACACCAUGACGGAGAUCCUGCAGAGCGGCUACACGCGGAUCCCCGUCUACCGCGAGACCCGCGCCGACAUCGUGGACGUGCUCUUCGUCAAGGACCUGGCCUUCGUCGACCCCGACGACUGCACGCCGCUGCAGACCGUCACGGGCUUCUACCGACGACCGCUGCACUGCGUCUUCAGCGACACCACGUUGGACGCCAUGCUGGAGGACUUCAAGAAAGGCAAAUCUCACCUGGCCAUCGUUCAGCGCGUGAACAACGAGGGUGAAGGGGACCCGUUUUACGAAGUGAUGGGCAUCGUCACGCUGGAGGACGUCAUCGAGGAGAUCAUCAAGUCCGAAAUUCUGGACGAGACCGACCUCUACACCGACAACCGCAGCAAGCGUCGCGUGUCUCACCACGAGAGGAAGCAGCAAGACUUCUCCAUCUUCAAAAUGGCAGAGCACGAGAUGAAGGUCAAAAUUUCCCCGCAGCUCCUGCUGGCCACGCAUCGCUUCCUGUCCACAGAGGUGGAUCCUUUCAAGCCGCUUUACAUCUCUGAGAAGAUCCUGCUGAGGCUCAUCAAGCAUCCCAGCGUAGUCCAGGACCUUAAGUUUGACGACAGAAAUAAGCAUGCGCCCACGCACUUCCUGUUCCAGAGAAACAAGCCAGCUGACUACUUCAUCCUCGUGCUGCAGGGUCGAGUGGAGGUGGAGUUUGGCAAGGAAUGUCUCAAAUUUGAAAAUGGAGCCUUUUCAUAUUUUGGAGUUCCUGCCAUCAUGCCAGCAGCCCCGAUGUCGCCAUGUCGCUCCGAGUCAGAGGGCUGGACUCCAGCUCAGCUCAAUGGGGGGCCCAACGUCUACAUGCCCGAUUAUUCUGUAAGACAGCUCACGCCGCUGCAGAUCCUCAAGAUCACCAGGAGCCACUACCACAACGCGCUCGGCGCCUCCAGGAUGGACACGUCACCGCAGACGCCCGACCCUGACACCCAGAUGGCAGAGCCUUCGCCGCCGGCGAACUGGACACCCGGUGCCCCCACAGCGGGCGCCACGUUGAUGCCGCCACCCUGGGACCUGGGUCGACAACCUCCCGCCUGGAAUGGAGGACAACAGCAGAAGUCCGGCGUGGCCCACAGCACCACCGUGCUCAACCGCAGAAACCGCAUCGUCAGAAGUAAGUCUGACGGCCAGAAGAGUCCAAGCGAUUCUGUUUUCCUGCGGAUGGACGAGAUCCCGUACACCCGAGAUGCCGGCCACAAGAAGAACCAAAUCUCACGAGAUGAUAAAGCGGAUGAGUCGGCAGUAAUUUCGACCAUAAAACACGAUAAAACUGAACAAGAAGACAAUUCUGAAUAAACUAGCUUAGCAACCAAGACGAACGCACGACCUACCAGCCGAUGUUGACGGAAACGAUCAAGACGUUUGGGGUUUAUUGAAGUCGCCUCCUCCAGGGGCGCUGCUGCAACAACAAGGCGGAUUCUGGCAUACGAGAAGAAAUCAAAUGACCUAAUAUUUGGGCUAUGCUGUAUAAAAAGGGCACAUGUCCUUGUGAUGACGUCGUACGAAAGAUGUCACCACGCCGCCGGAAGUCAAUUUAUACUGUGAAAGGGCUCUUGCUUGGAAAUGCUGCUUGCUUAUAUCACACUUGACUUCAUUAAACCAUAUUUUGAUACCAAGAGCAUUUUAUGCUCAAAGUGUAUGCGGAUGGAUGAAUAAAUGAAAUGAAUUAUUUUUCAA